UGCGUUCGCUGACAGUCGACAUUGGCGCAGAGAGUAGAAACACACUGUUGUCGCUCUGUCCGUUGUUGACGGUUUACAAUUCGCAAUCGUCCACCAUUGUACGCCCCUGCCGCCGCCGCCAUAAGCUUAAUAAUUCGUCGCAUUUUGAUAUUUGACGACCGCUGAUAAACGCGUUUCCUUCCGUCACUGCUUGUGCCCGCACCUUCGUAUUUUCAAUCCCCUCCACGGUGCCCUGAUUGUUGUCGGAACACUCGCACAUUUCAACGGCAGCCGAUGCUGAUUACCGCGUACGCAUUCGUCGUUGUCCGCAGAAUUCCCUCUUUCGAAUCUCCGACGUGUGACCACAUCGUGUAGAAUGCUCCCUUAAUUAUGUAAAUCGUCCGUCGUGUGUCGGACAUGCAUCAAAUCGUAAUAUGAGCAGCACCAUACUUGAUCUUAAAGUUGUCAAAAGUGCUAUCAACAAAUUUGGUAACAAUUAUUUACCAUGUUCACGGUGGGCGUGAACGGAAGUGGCGGUUCGAAUCCACAGAGCGUACAGUCGAAUCCACAGAGUGUAGAGUCGAAUCUACAGAGCGAAGAGUCGAAUCCACAGAGUGUACAGUCAAAUCCACAGAGCGUACAGUCGAAUCCACAGAGCGUUCAGUCUAAUCCACAGAGCGUACAGUCAAAUCUACAGAGCGUACAGUCGAAUCCACAGAGCGUUCAGUCUAAUCCACAGAGCGUACAGUCAAAUCUACAGACCGUUCAGUCGAAUCCACAGACCGUUCAGUCUAAUCCACAGAGCGUACUGUCGAAUCCUCAGAGCGUAGAGUCGAAGUCUCAGAGCGUAGAGUUGAAGUCUCAGAGCGUAGAGUCGAAUCCUCAAAUCGUAGAGUUGAAUCCUCAAAUCGUAGAGUUGAAUCCUCAAAUCGUAGAGUUGAAUCCUCAGAGCGAAGAGUUGAAACCAGAUAUCGUACAGUGCAAUAUCUAUCACCUUUUUAAGUUAUUUCCUAUUGCAAAUUUUAGAGGAGAUUUUGAUAAUAUACGGAAGAAUUUUUCCAGUGUACCACCAGGUGCUGAUCAUUCUAAAUACGUAAAACUUAAGCUUAAAAAUAUUAUGGAUCCUUCAACCAAAAAAACUAUCGGAGCUAUCGUUUUGCCUACGCAUCAGAUUUUUAAUAACCCGAAUAUAUCAAUUACUCCUAGUUCACCGUUAGUGAAACAACCUACAAUAACCAACCGACAAUGGGGUGUGCAAACUGGGUGUUCACCUCCGGUUUCAAUUGUACCUGUGUCUUGUGAGCAAGACAAAUCGGCGCCAAAUAGUAAAGAAACUCAAAAAAAUAAUAAAAGAACUGCCUCAUAUCCAAUUUCUAACCGGACAAUUAAAAAGCCUAGAAUCUCUAUUACUAAACCACCCAAAGCUAGUAAAGAUUACAAGCCUAUUAUAUCAAACCAAGUUGUAAAUCAUCAAAUAAAGAAAAAUGAUACAAUGGUUUCUAGUAUUAAUGCAGCUACAUUAAUCCCAUCAACAUCAAAUGCUGUUAUCCGAUCAUCUCAAGAGAUCACUUGUAUACAGUCUAUAAAUGAAGAACAACAACCAUCAAAACCAGAAUUGAAUUGUAAGGAGGAAUCUCCAAGAUUAAAUAUUAAUAAAAACGACGAUGGAAUUUUAAAGAAGUAUUUCUUUAUGACGGACAAUCAGUUCAAGUUUGAUGAUAUAGGCAAUAAAAGUGGAUUCUCACACUCAAACCAGGAAAUGCUUCGAAUACAGACUAAAAAUGAAAUGUUCGAGAUUACAAGACCCGAGAUGAUGGAUGAACUUCUCUUUGCUGUGGGCAUGGUCAUGAAAAAGACCGUUACUAAAGAAGAAUUAGAAACUUUAAAACAAAAUUCAGAUGUCUUACAAUCCCCUAAACUUGAUUGGUCUUCUGAAACAAAAAAUGUCACUUCAACAAGUUCUACAACAAGUUCUACAACAAGCCCAGCUAGUCACAAUAAUAUUUCCAACUCAAAAAAUCAAUCCAAUCAGGUCAGUACUAAUAAAUCACAGAGACAUACAAUCAACAUACAACAACCACCUAAACAAAUAAUACAAAUAUCAAAUAUCACUAAACAACAAUCUGCUUCAUCAACUAUCUCUUCAAAAAUGCAACAUUCUACAAUUAAGCAAACUGAUAUUAAACAUCAUGUAUCUAAUAGUCAACCUAAUAAUACUUCUCUAAAACAUCUGGCUACAACAAAACAUAUUCAAACAUCAAAUAAACAGAAAGUCAAUAGUAAACCGCUUCCUGUGUCACCAAAACACCCUAUAUCAACUACUAAAAAAGUGGUUAAUGUAUGUCAGAAUGUGAAACCAAUAGUUACAUAUCAGUCAUUAGUUAAAGAUGUAAAAAUGUGUAUAAAGUGCAAGUCAUUAUCAGAGGAUGAAGUUUGUGCAGCUUGUCGUAUGGCUUCUCAUUUAAAAAAUGUUACAGUCACAAGGAUUGAAACACCUAGUACUUCAGCAAUUAUAGCGCCUGAGAUUCCUAUUAUUACCCCUGUAAAGCCUAUUGAUGUUCCUUCAUGUUCCGUAAAUUCUGUUUCGCCGCAAGACCCAGUUGUGUUGCUUUCAUCAUCCGAAGAAGAAGAUGAUGAUAAUACUUUGGAACCAAUUAUUUCUAAAGUAGAAACAACCGAAGCUUUAAAUAAAUAUAUAGGCAAAUUAACUUUAAAUCCUAAACUUUUGGAAGAUAAAUUAUGGCAGAAAGACUUGAGUAUUAAAGAUUAUUUUAAAAUUGAGGACUGUCAAUCUGUACACAUUGGUAGUUUUGAUACGGUUCCAGCACGCAGUGGUGAUAUGUUAGUGUGUCUGCAUGGAAUACGUAUGGUGAUACGUAAUCCUGCAUGUGAGCCAGUGACUAUUGAUUUACAAAUGGACAAUGUUGUAAAAAUUUUGGGUUUUUAUGGAGAAAAGCCUUUAAUUAUAAUUUAUACUGACCAUUUAGCUGCCAUCGGAAUUCAGUAUUUAUUAAAUAUGAACCAAGAUAACAAAACUUACUUCUAUGAUCCGCUUAGUAAAGAUGCCAUGCUAAAUAAAAUAGUUUGGUUUUUUAAUUUAAAAAGAAUUGAGUUAGCACAGUUGGAAAAAUUACUGAAGAAAUUACCUAAAAAAAAGUAUGGACCCUUGACCGUAAAUCAAGCCCAUAAAAUACUUAGCUUACAUAAAAAGGAGGAUGAAGAGAUCAAAAGAUGUGCUAGAGAAGAACAGGAAACAGCUGAUUCGGCUUUUGUGUUACUGGUAGAUAAAUUAACUGAGAGUACCCAUACGAUCAAAGUAUUAGACUAUAAAAUGUUGAGCUCAAGUGAAUUUUUGAAUGAUAUUCUUUUUGAAUUUUAUAUGGAUUAUGUGUAUACUUAUGAAUUAAGUGAAGCAGAUAGAAAACGUACAAGUAUCUUCAGUACAUACUUUUAUACCGCAUUAUCAAAACCUAUUAAUCUAGCUGACUAUAAUUCAUCCUUAUCACUAUCAAAGAUUAGACACCAAAGGGUAAAAAAAUGGACUAAAAAUGUAAAAAUAUUUGAAAAAGAUUUCAUUUUUAUACCAAUAAAUGAAAGUGCUCAUUGGUAUAUGGCGGUUAUAUGUUAUCCUCACCUAUCAGGUAAGAUCAGCAUGAAAGAUGGGACACCAGUAAACACACCUGAUGAUCUUACUGGUCGAUAUGAACUGCCACCAAUUGAAGCAAAAAAUCCCGAACGUACUGAAGCUGAUCCUAACGUUGAAGAUCUUUGGUUGUUUGAUGUGAAUUCAACUCAAAACUAUCUAGAUAAACGUGGAGUUGAUUAUGAAACUGAUGUUGCAAAUUACUUAAAAAAUAAACAUACGCCAGUUAAACAGCCAUGCAUCUUAAUAUUAGAUUCUAUAUCUGGUGGUGUUAAUCGUGCCAGAGUCACAGCCACACUGCGUGAUUGGAUGGAGCAAGAAUAUAUCUCUAAAUACAAUGACGAUACAAAAGACUUUAGCCCUAAAACUAUUAAAGCGUCUUUAAUUAAAGUACCUCAGCAACCUAAUUUUGUAGAUUGUGGCCUUUUUGCCCUUCAUUAUUUUAAACUAUUUUUUAAAAAGCCGAUCGUAGAUUACACUUUUCCAAUUUGUUAUUUGGAAAAUUGGUUCCAUCCUGAUGAGGUGUCUAAAGAUAGUGCAAAAAGAAGAGAGCUAAGAGAUAUUAUAUUGGCUAGGAUGAAAGAACGAGGAUCUGUUUUGCCUUUGGGUUUUAAGUUACCAGUUCUCGAUUUUACUCCCUCUCCUACCCUAAAAUCACAUCCAUAUGAUAUAUCAAACUCAACAAACAUGUCAAACCGUCAGAGUUCAUCAAAUCCAUCAUACCUGCCAAAUCGUUUUCAUCCAAAUGCAGCACACAAUUCUCCCAGACCUUCAACUUCUCAAAAUCAACCAAAACAUCCAAAUCCUUCGCUUAAAUUUCCAAAUCAUUUUAAUAGAAAUAACAUCGGGUAUCAUAAUAAUCAUCAGUAUUAUGAUGAUCACAAUGAAGAUUCUGAUGAAGAAAGCAUAGAGAGUAUAGAUGAAGAUGAUGUAAACAGACAAUUUAAUGAAAAUGAUCAUUAUGAUGAAGAUUUUAGAGAACCAUAUGAGGAAGAUGAAGAAUAUGAUGAUGAUGAAGCAAUUAUUCAGGAACAAGCAGAAUAUUUGGCUGAAAUGGUAGAGAGUCCAGAGCAUGAAGAUGUUGACGAAGAAGAAGAUUUAGAACAUUAUGACAAUGAACCAAUUAAUGCAUUUCAUCGUAAUAUGCAUGCCAAUAAUGGAAAUGUUCCUUAUGUUGAUGAUCCUCAUCCUGGAUUGGGCAUUCACAGAGGGGUUGCCCAUCCUAACGAAAACUUCCAAUUACUUAGGCCUAAUAAUCGUAAUCUAGUAUUCAAUGACAAUGAUGAGUAUGAUGAAAUUGUAGAUGAAGAUGAAGGUGAAGACAUUAAUCAAAUUCAUCAUCAUAAUCUUAACCAUGAUAUUGAUGAUGAUGAAGAAGAUGACUAUCCAGAUGCCAAUCCAAGAAUGAAUCAUCAUAGACGUAAUAAUCAUUUUAAUCAUAGAAGACUAUCAAAUUAAAUAAAUUAAAAACAUGUUAUAAUCUCAUUAAAAUGUUAAGACCAGUUUGACGUUAUUUAAAAUUGUAAAUAUUAUGAUAUAUUUGUAAGUAACAAAAUUACUUAUAUUAAUGUAAAAAAAUACUGAAAUUUAUUAUUUCAAAAUAGAUAUUUGAUUUAUUAAUACGUUCAUUCCAAUUUAUCUGCUUUAAAAGCAUAGUUUUUAAAA